AUGGUGGUUGCCACAAAGCUUCUGGCACGUAGAAAUCUUAUCGACACAGGAAAGCAAUUCAACAUGAUAGCAGCUGCUUGGAUACAGUUCAUGAUACAUGAUUGGAUUGACCACUUAGAAGAUACCCAACAGAUUGAGCUCACUGCACCAAGAGAAGUUGCAAAUGAGUGUCCCCUCAAGUCCUUCAAGUUUUACAAGACAAAGGAGCUAAAGAGGCCAGAUCCCAUGGUGGUUGCCACAAAGCUUCUGGCACGUAGAAAUCUUAUCGACACAGGAAAGCAAUUCAACAUGAUAGCAGCUGCUUGGAUACAGUUCAUGAUACAUGAUUGGAUUGACCACUUAGAAGAUACCCAACAGAUUGAGCUCACUGCACCAAGAGAAGUUGCAAAUGAGUGUCCCCUCAAGUCCUUCAAGUUUUACAAGACAAAGGAGGUUCCUACCUGCUUUUAUGAGAUCAAGAGUGGUUUCUUGAACACUCGAACGCCUUGGUGGGAUGGAAGUGCCAUAUACGGGAGCAACGCUGAAAGGUUGCAGAAAGUGAGGACUUUCAGAGAUGGGAAGCUCAAGAUCGGAAUAGAUGGCCUUCUUCUUCGUGACCAUGACGGCUAUGUCAUCUCCGGCGACAUUCGCAACAGUUGGGCUGGCCUUUCUACCUUACAGGCCCUCUUCGUCCACGAGCAUAAUGCUGUUUGCGAUGCCUUAAAGGUAAUCAACCACGAGGAACUGAAUGCCUUUACCUUCAUUUUCGGCUGUUAA